UCGGCCCUGGCGCGGCUGUUAUGGAAACGGGCUGGGCGCGCAGGCGGCGAUGAUGGGGCGGCCAUGGCCCGGGCCGGCAGCUCCAGCGGCAACGCGGCAGCGGGCGAGCGGGCCGGGGGCGCUGGGCGGCCAGAACCGUGGGAGCUGUCCCUGGAGGAGGUGCUGAAGGCGUACGAGCAGCCCAUCAACGAGGAGCAGGCGUGGGCCGUGUGCUUCCAGUGCUGCCGCGGGCUGCGGGGCGCGCCGGGCGGCCGGCGGCGCAUCCGGGACACAGCGGACAUCCUCCUGCGCAGGGACGGCUCGGUCAGCGCGCAGCGGGAGCCCGGCGCGGCUGAGUCCACAGCGAUGGUGUCACCGGCCAGCUCGGAAGCCCAGGUGGUUCAGUCGCUGGGCUUCGCCAUCUACCGCGCGCUGGACUGGGGGCUGGCGGAGCACGUGGAGCGCGAGCUCAGCCCGCAGCUGGAGCGGCUCAUCGACCUCAUGGCCAACAGCGACUGCGACGACGAUGGCGGUGGCGGGGCAGCCGACGAGGGCUACGGGGCCCCCGAGGAGGAGGAGGAGGCCGAGGGCGGCCCCCGCGCCGUGCGCACGUUCACACAGGCCAUGCGCCUGUGCGCCGCGCGCCUGACCGAGCCCCGGGGCGCUCAGACCCACUACCAGGCCGUGUGCCGCGCACUCUUCGUGGAGACGCUGGAGCUGCGCGCCUUCCUCGCCAGGGUCCGGGAGGCCAAGGAGAUGCUGCAGAAGCUUCGGGAGGAUGAGCCGCAGUCAGAAAAGCCCCUGAUGGAGCUCGACAGCCUGGGGCGCACGGACUGGGCCCGACUCUGGGUCCAGCUCAUGCGGGAGCUGCGCCACGGAGUGAAGCUGAAGAAGGUGCAGGAGCAGGAGUUCAACUCCCUGCCCACAGAGUUCCAGCUCACCCCCUUCGAGAUGCUGAUGCAGGACAUCCGCGCCAGGAACUACAAGCUGCGCAAGGUCAUGGUCAACGGGGACAUCCCUCCCAGGGUGAAGAAGGAUGCCCACGAACUUAUCCUGGACUUCAUCCGCUCCCGGCCUCCGCUGAAGCAGGGUUCCUCCCCAGCUUGGGAGUCGGCCCCCACCUGGCGCUGCCACACCCCCUGCAGGUCUCAGAGAGAAGGCUUCGCCCCUUACCCCAGAAACAGAGAACGCUGCAUGAGAAGAUCCUGGACGAGAUCAAGCAGGAACGCAGGCUGCGCCCCGUGGAGGACAGGCACUGGGAUGGGCGGGGUGAGCGGGGUGAGCACGGGACACCCCCUCCUCUGCCCCUUGCCUCCCCUCCACCCCCCCAACCCGUCCUGUCCUGUCCUGCCUUACCUGCUGCCUGCCCCAGGGUUCGGCUCUCUGCCCUGCAUCCUCAACGCCUGCUCUGGGGACGUCAAGUCCACUUCCUGCAUCAACCUGUCCAUCACGGAUGCCGGGAGCAGUGCCCAGCGCCAGCGGCCCCGGGUCCUGCUCAAGGCGCCCACAUUGGCUGAGAUGGAGGAGAUGAACAUAUCCGAGGAGGAAGAGUCGCCGUGUGGGGAGGUGACACUGAGGCGAGACCGCUCUUUCUCGGAGCACGACCUGGCCCAGCUCCGGAGCGAGGUGACCUCUGGCCUACAGCCCCCUGGAGGCCUGGAACGGGCUCGGCCGCGUGCGGACAGCGUGCAGUCCUGGACGCCCAGCGCCCAGGAGCCAGGUUCUGUCAGCGUCCAGUCCCGGCAUGGCCCCAGCUCCCCGCCACGCAGUGACCUGGGCUCAGUCGAGGACGGGCCUGGGGCCUCCGAGUGGCUGGAGUUCAGCCACCCCGUGGAGAGCCUGGCUCUGACGGUGGAGGAGGUGAUGGACGUGCGCCGUGUGCUGGUGAAGGCCGAGAUGGAGAAGUUCCUGCAGAAUAAGGAGCUCUUCAGCAGUCUGAAGAAGGGGAAGAUUUGCUGCUGCUGCCGGACCAAGUUCCCACUGUUCUCCUGGCCGUCCACCUGUCUCUUUUGCAAGAGAGCUGUCUGCAGUUCCUGCAGCAUAAAGAUGAAGAUGCCGUCUAAGAAGUUUGCGCACAUUCCCGUGUACGCGCUGGGCUUCGAGAGUCCUCAGAGGGUGUCAACCGCCACAGUCACGCUAGCACAGAGAAGAGACGCCUUCCAACCCCUGCAGGGGCCCCACUGGCGGAGCGUGGAGGAGGAGUUCCCGCACAUCUACACCCACGGCUGCGUCCUGAAGGACGUCUGCAGCGACUGCACCGGCUUCGUGGCGGACGUGGUGCGCUCCAGCCGCAGGAGUGUGGACGCCCUCAACACCACGCCCCGCCGCGCCCGCCAGACCCAGUCCCUCUACGUCCCGAACACCUGGACACUCGACCUCAAGUGAUGGUCGUGGCCCCCUGGCUGCGGCCCCCUGGACGCCCGGUCCGAGGCUUUUCGGGGUGCCCGGGUGGCCAUGCUUCUGGGGAGGAGCCAGGCUAGUCCUGGACCAGGCGGAGAAGCCCCCGUCCUGGGGCACGGCGGCCCCCCGGCCCUCGUGACGUGCAUGUACAUAUAUACAUAUACAGAUACGUUUAUAUAAUAUAUACACACAGCAUAUAUAUUUAUAUUCAUGCUUCCUGGCCCCAGAGUUCAUUUGGGGUCAGACUCACUCCAGGACCCUCCCUGGGGGAGGCUGUUUCCUCUCAGGAUUCCUUGAGCAAAG